AUGAGCGAUGAGGAACUAAUUAAGAGAGCGGUAAAUGAGUUUCAUAGUGUUGACGCCGUUAACGAUAUUGACGAAUGUGCUAGAUGUAAAACUCGUCUACAAAUUGGAAAAUUUCUAGCCUUAACUCGUCCAGAUUUGGUUCCACAAAUUUUCUCGAUUUGGUGUCUUGAGUCUGGGUUUGACGAAACAGAAUGCCACAUGAAUUAUGGAUUUCAUACUGAAGAAUAUUCAUCUACUGGGACAGAUUUCACAAAAGUUUUGCUGCUCAUGAACCCAGAAGGUAUCGAUGGAGAUUAUUUCUGCUAUUUUCAUGAUUCUCAAUGUCAUGUUCUUCCUGAAUCACCAACCUUGGACUUGGAGAAACUCUGGCCACCGAAACCGAAGUUGUACGAAGCUCCUGAAAAUAGCGGCAAUACCUUUAACGUGUUGCACAUUAGUGAUGUCAACAUCCAACUAGAUUAUAAACUCUUAUCAGAAGCCAACUGUUCGCAAACCGUAUGUUGCUCGCCUAUGAGCAGAAAUUUAGUUCCAACUCCUCCAGAAUAUGACUACAGUCUAAUUCAUGACCCGGCGGUUGGGUUAUCAUUUUAUUCCAGUAGUUACUCAAAAGGUCAUUUUGAAAAAGGUCAGUAUAUUGACCAGUACAGUCCAAAGGAGCCUGCUUGGUUACCAGCUCAUGAAUUUGGCAGUUAUAAUUGCGAGACACCUCCGUUGUUGUUCAACAAUUCCUUGGGAGUGAUCAGAGAUUUUCAUCAAAAUCACUUGAACUUCGAGUUCGCUUUAUUUACUGGAGGAGUAGUUGGUCACUCUGAUAGAAUCUUCGUAGACAAAGAAAGUGUUUUGGAAGCUCAGGAGUUUGUCUACCGUAAUAUUCAACUGUACCUUCCACAGGUUCCUGUUUUUCCGGCCAUCGGUGUUCGAGAUGGGUUUCCUAUGAAUCAAUUGCCUCAGAAUGAAUUAACAGAAUCAUAUUUAUACCAAUGCAAUUUUGACUUUCUUGCUGAUUUAUGGCAAGAACUCGGUUGGUUGGAUUUGGAAUCUGCUAAAGAAGUCAGAUAUAACCAUUUCGGUUAUUCGUUAGUAACUGACAGAGGCUUAAAGAUUAUUUCCUUGAACUCCAAUGUAUGGAACCAAAAGAAUUUAUAUUCCUUUUGGGAUGUGCUUGCCUUUGACAAAUCAGGAAUUUGGGAAUUUUUAAUAAAUGAAUUACUUGACAGUGAACUCAAUGAACAAAGAGUAUGGAUUAUUGCACAUUUGCCAACCAGCCAACAGUCAUUGCCUAUACCUUCAAAAAUCUUUACUGAAAUAGUGCACCGGUUCUCUCCAAAAGUAAUUGCGGCAAUCUUCUUUGGACAUAGUCAAAAGGAACUGUUCGAGCUACUCUACGCUGGGGAUGGCUGUGAUGAAAAGAAGUUGGAAAAUGCAAUUAAUUUUGCAAUUACUGCUCCUUCCAUAAGCCCAUUUUCGGGAGUGAAUCCUGCCUGGAAAUAUUACUCUGUUGACGAAAAUUCAUUCAACAUUGUAAAUUCAUUUACAUACUUCACAAAAUUGAACGAGACAUUUGUAAAUGGAGGUGCUGAGCCUGUCUGGGAGUUCGGGUUUUCGGCUAGAGAUGCCUAUGACCCUGAGCAGCAAUGGCCAAUGGAAAGAAGUCUUGACACAGAAUGGUGGCACCAUGUAAGUGAAAAGAUUCGGGAUAUGCCUGAAAUUGACCAAUUAUACAAUAAAUUCGAAUUUAGAAGUUCUCCAUUUGCAACUCCGAAUACUUCUGAAGAUUGUGAAGAGUCGACAAACUACUGUAAGGUUACUAGUUUCACAUUAGAAGACAGAAAACAAUGUAUGUUGACAGAAGACCAGGAUAAUUAUAUUUGUCCCAGAAAGAGUAUUGAUUUUCGUCCCCAUAUCAGACCCUACGAUCCUAUUGAAUACAUU